GGGGGUUCCUCCAGGUCUCCAAGUCCCAUCAUUACAGCUCUCUCUCUCUCUCUCUCUCUCUCUCUCUAAACCCCACUCCCCCUCUCUAGACCCUUCACAGUUCCCACUCGUUUGCCUCAACUCCCAAGUCCCUCCACUGUCAUUCGAACCACCCACCACUGUAUCCCACUCUCCUCUCUCUGUUUCUUCUCUGCUUCAAUCUCUCCUAUACCAUACCCACCUCUGACUUUUAACAACAGAGAGAGAGAGAGAGAGAGAGAGAGAGAGAGAGAGAGAUGUCCACGUCUCUAAACGACCAGCUCUCCCAACGAACCUCAAUCUUCGGCCUUCGCUUAUGGGUCGUCCUCGGCAUAUGCUUCGGCGCCGCAAUUGUCCUCGUCCUCUUCCUCCUCUCCCUCUACUUCACCUCCAGACGCAACCACCACAACAACAAAAAAACCACUCGCCAUCUCAAACCCACCAUCCCGAACGUCUCCAAAGAGAUCCAAGAGAUCCGCGUCGAAAACCCACCUCAACAAACCCACUUCCAAGAAAACCCCAAACCCGCUACAGAACCCGACCCGGUACACGUACCCGAACGACUAGAAGACGAGAGGUUAAUUGGGCACCAGAGGAUUCAUGUGGAGGUUGGGAAGGGCCACCGGAUUUCCUACCCAGACCGCGGCUGCGGCGGCGGAGGAGGAGGGGAGCAGGUGGGGAUGUGUGGGCCAGAGGUGUCGCAUUUGGGGUGGGGGCAUUGGUACACGCUUAGAGAGCUUGAGGAGUCGACUAAUGGGUUUUGUGAUGAGAAUGUGAUUGGGGAAGGUGGGUAUGGGAUUGUUUACAGUGGGGUGUUGAGAGAUAGUACCCGUGUGGCUGUCAAGAAUUUGCUCAAUAACAGGGGACAAGCUGAGAAGGAGUUUAAAGUUGAAGUUGAAGCAAUUGGGCGCGUUCGGCAUAAGAAUUUGGUGAGGUUGCUGGGUUACUGCGCAGAAGGUGCUCAUAGGAUGCUUGUUUAUGAGUAUGUAGACAAUGGAAAUUUGGAACAGUGGCUACACGGAGAUGUAGGGCCAUGCAGCCCUCUUACGUGGGAUAUCCGCAUGAACGUUGUACUUGGAACUGCAAAAGGGUUGACUUAUCUUCAUGAGGGGCUUGAGCCCAAGGUUGUUCACCGGGAUAUCAAGUCAAGCAACAUUUUGCUUGAUAAGCAGUGGAAUGCCAAAGUGUCAGACUUUGGCUUAGCUAAGCUCUUGGGCUCAGAGAGGAGUUACGUGACAACUCGAGUAAUGGGAACCUUUGGUUAUGUUGCUCCAGAAUAUGCUAGUACUGGCAUGUUGAAUGAGAGAAGUGACGUUUAUAGUUUUGGGAUUCUUCUUAUGGAGAUAAUUUCUGGGAGGACUCCAGUGGAUUAUAGCCGUCCUCAGGGGGAGGUGAACCUAGUCGAGUGGCUUAAAGCAAUGGUUUCCAGCAGGAAUGCAGAAGGAGUUUUGGAUCCUAAAAUAUCUGAGAAGCCUUCUUCAAGGGCAUUGAAGCGUGCCCUUUUAGUAGCUCUACGGUGUGUAGACCCAAAUGGUCAGAAGAGGCCGAAGAUGGGUCGUGUAAUACACAUGCUUGAAGCUGAUGAUUUUCCCUUCAGAGAUGAGCGAAGAGCUGGACGAGAACAUGGUCACUUUCACCAUGGCAGUAUAAAGGAGAGGUUGAUGGAAAAAAGUGUGAUUGAAUCAGGUGACAGUAGUGGGUAUGAGAGUUCUGCCCAAGCCAGCAGGUCGUUAUGGAGAAAGCAAGAACCUGAAGAAGAGCAGUGAUCUCGACAAGCCCAUUGAGUUAACACGCGUCUGUGAGUCCCAUUACAUUCAGUGCUGGCCCUUUGUUAAUUGUUAUAUUUCAUUUCACAUGUAUAUACGGGCUGUAUUAAUUAUUGUUGUAGAUGCCUUUUUUGCGAUGACUCAGUUGGACACCAUUGAUAAUAGUUAAGUUGGAUACCAUCUAUAA